UUCAUGCAGCAGCAGUAGCCGUAGUGGUUAGUGCGCGACGUUUCCGCUAGGGGGCGGAAGUGACGCAACACCGCGUUAUAUCCAGAGGAGGAGAAGAAGCAGCGCUGUAAACGGAGGGAGAUUCAGCAGAGUCGUUCAGUUGUAAAACACGAGCUCCGAGUAUUUUCUCCAAGAUGAGUGAUCUGGAGGACGACACCAUCAUCUUCUCCACGCUGAAGUCUUUUAAGAGUUUAAUCUCUCGUCCUGACCGCUCGCUGCUGGAUCCCGAGCCCGCGUACGGCAGGAGCGACCUUCAGAAGCUCUACACACAGAGAGUCGAGAUGGAGGAAGCAGCUGAACGAAUCCACUCGAAGACGAGCCUGCUGCAGCUCACUCAGGAGAAACAGCAGAUGGAGCUGAGCCACAAACGAGCGCGGAUCGAGCUGGAGAAAGAGGCUCACAACAGCUCCAGGGAUUUACAGAGGCAAGUCGACCUGAACCAGGACUUGCUGACAAAGGUCAGGCGUCUGGAGGAAAAAGAGGAGAAAACUCUGCAAGUGCUGAACGAACAGCUGGAUAAUAAUAAAUCCCUAAAGCGGAACGUCGAGGAGCUCCAGAAACAAGCGCACGACAAGGACGGAAAACUCUCCGAGGCCAGUCAGAUGAUAAGCGAACUGAAGGACGAGAUCCGGACACUGAACCAGAAGCUACAGAUCCAGGAGUCGAAAUUCUCCACGCAGAAUUUGGAGAAGCAGGCUUUAGAGGAGCAGCUGGAGAUGCAGCAGAAGAAGUACCAGGAGGUGAAUCAGAAGUACCAGAAUCUGCAGACGUCCCAGAUAUCCAACACUGAGAGUGAGAUCAGGAUUAAGGAACUGAAGAGGCGUUUGGAGCUCCAGGAGCAGGACUCGAUCAUCGUGAAGAACAUGAAGACCGAGGUGUCCAGGCUUCCUGAACUGAAGAGAGAAAUUAAACAUCUGCAGGAGGAAAACGCUUAUCUCAGAGAGACGCAGGAGAACAGCAGUCUGCUGAAAGAGGAGACGGAGGGAUUGAGGAGGAAGCUGGAGAGGAUGGAGAAGGUUCUAGAAGAGAAACUGAAGCUGGAACUGGAAAAAGAGAAAUUAGCUCAGGAGCUGCAGGCUUGGGAGAACAUCGGCCAGACCACCGGCCUCAACAUCAGGAAGCCGGAGGACUUGUCCAGGGAGGUGAUGCAGAUCCAGCAGAGAGAGCUGAGUCUGAAACAGCAGAACUACUCUCUGACGAGCACCAUUCGCACGUUGGAGAAGACUCGCGCGCAGCUGCAGUCCGAGACGGCCGAGUCUCGCACCAAAGCUCUGGAGGAGCAGAAGAAGCGAGAAAACCAGGACGCGCUGGUCCGCCGCCUGCAGAAGAGAGUUCUGCUCCUUACGAAGGAGCGUGACGGUAUGAGGGCGAUACUGGAGUCGUAUGACAGUGAGCUAGCAGCUAGCGAGUACUCUCCUCAGCUCACACGCAGAGUUAAAGAAGCUGAGGAGAUGCUGCAGAAAGUCCAGAACCACAACGCUGAGAUGGAGAUUCAGCUUAGUAAAGCUCAGGAGGAGGCUGGAACCUACAAACUGCAAGCACAACAGGUUGCUGUGGAACUGGAGGCUCUGAAAGAACAGAAGUCUUCUGUUUCUGAGGCGAGUCCCAUAGCAACAGAGGAGGAGAUUAAAUUCUUAAGGCAGAAGAUUGAGGAGCUGGAGUCAGAACGCCAGAAGCUGGAAGAGCAAAACAAUAUUCUGGAGAUGAGAUUAGAAAGACACAACCUGCAGGGAGAUUACGAUCCGGUGAAGACCAAGGUGGUGCACUUCCGCCUGAACCCCACCAGCGUGGCGAAGCAGGAGCGUGCCGAGGAGGUGGAGCAGCUGAAGGUGGAGUGCGAGCGUCUGCGAGAGCGCCUGCGCAAGAUGGAGGCCGGAGGAGCCGUCACGUCUGACGACACCACGCUCAUCAUACCGCCUUCGCAGGAAAUAUUAGAUUUGCGUAAACAGAUGGAGAGCGCGAAGCUGAAGAACCAGCGGCUGAAGGAGGUGUUUCAGAAGAAGAUCCAGGAGUUCCGGACCGCCUGCUAUGUUCUGACCGGCUACCAGAUUGACAUCACUGUGGAAAACCAGUACCGCCUCACCUCCGUGUACGCCGAGCGCAUGGACGACUCGCUGCUCUUCAAGGCCAGUGGAGCAGUAGGAAGCGGAAGCAUGCAGCUCCUGGAGACGGAUUUCUCUCGUACCUUGACCGAGUUGGUGGAUCUGCAUCUCUUCCACCAGAAGAGCAUUCCGGUGUUCCUGAGCGCCGUGACGCUCGACCUGUUCAGCCGGCAAACUGUUGCUUAAGCUCCGCAAUCCGAAUUCUUAAUGUGCACACACACAUUUUCUGCUGAGAGCUAAUGAUACGUCGCUCGGUACACACUCCUCCUGAGGCGCACAUGACAUUACAGAGGCAGAACAGGAAUCUUUUCUCCGUCUAGAGAUUUAAUGAUAUGCUUGUUGAUUGUUUUAGUUUCAAAAGAACAAGUUUUUAAAAGAUGUUUUGGUGCUUCGGGUGUGAUUGUAGACCCUAACCCUAUCACAACAUGCAAGGUUUUUUCUUUCCCCCAAAUUAGAACAAGGACGAGUUUAUAAAUCUAUUGGCGCCCCUGCAUCUCAUGUUUUUGCCCAGAAAUUGAGGUUAAAAGUGGUAGAUAAGGUAAUGCAGUAAAGUCUGCUCAGCUAGUUCGCUAGUUAAGUGCAUUAAUACAGACACAGACAAGGUGACUGCGUGAGUUAUGACUGCGUUACACUUCAUUUUGCUCCGUUUCAUCAGAUUCUGAAAAGGGCGUAUGCUGUCCAUGUCCUCGCUGUUUGAUUUGUCCUGUACAAAAACAUGAUGAAUAUGAAAAUGUUUUUAUUUUACGCUCACGUUGCCCAAAUAAAGAAUAAUUCAAAUUG